UGAAAACAUUAAGCACAGACAAUUCUGAAUUUUGAACAAUUUUGUUCUGACUUCUGAUUUUCCGAACAAUUUGAGUUUGAAAAUUGAAAUACAAUACUAAUUAUUACUAUUAUUAUUUUUGUCAAAAUAUUGUCAGAUAGUAUUUUAAUUUGACAUAUGGAACAAAAUAUGCAUGGUAGUAUGUUAGAACAAAUUAUUAACUACAAAUUGAUUAUAUCGAUUAAAUAAACAAUGGUUUUAUGAAAAUGUAGUUUAUGUGUAAAAAUGAUCAAUAUUUUGAAAAUUUAUUUUUAUGUUAUUUAUAUUAUCCUAAAUUAUAGUUGUCAAUUUUCUUGUUUAGUUGUUAACGUUAAAGAUCAGGAUGGUAGUGUUAUAAAAGAAAUAAUAUAUGCAAAUAUAACAGAUGAUACAAUCACACUAGAAUUACAACUACCGGACUCUACAUUAAUCACACAACACAUUGAUUUCAUAAAGGAAGUUCAAAUAGUACAAGUGUUGUUGCUUGGAGAAGAAGAACGUGGUCAAAAGCCAUAUCAAAUACUUUGUUUUGUCAAUCAUGUACAUGCAAAUGAAUUUAUAUCACCAGAUGCAAUGUCAAAACUUAGACAAAAAAAUCCUGGUACAAUUCGUGUUGCAGAAGAAAAUAAAGGUGUAUUUAAUAUUACAAUAGAUAUGAAAAUCAAAUUAAAAGAUAGUAAUUAUAUAUCACAACAUGUUGGAUCAUUAUGUUCUGAAGCACAAGAUACAACUUUUACUAGCAAAUUUGACAUUGAUAAAUGGGCUACUGUACCGGGUAUGUACUUGGGAAAUUUAUUACAAGCUGUUGAAUAUAUUAACUAUAAAUCGCCAAACUCUAAUUUGAAACUAUGUCGAGAUACAGGUAAAGUAUGGUCACACUGUUUAUGUACGAUGAAAGUAACCAUUCCUUGGUAUCCUUGUGCUUUAAAAUUCUGCAAAGACCAUAUUGGUAAAAAGUCAACAGCGGUUGAUAGUUAUCGAUGUGGUAUACAGACUUGUGGUAAAAUUAUGAAUUUUAUGUACAUUGUUAAACACAAGCAACAUUGUUUGACAAUUGAAUAACACGUUGUAUCAUUAUUGGUAUGUAUUUAUAAGGUAAAUUAAAGAUCUCUGCUGUACAUAGGUAAAUAAAUGUAUAAAUAAAUGUUGCAUUUACAUAUUCUUUAUAUUUAAUAAUAAUAAAAACAUAUUAUUUAAAAACAGUCUUACUUCAUUUAAAUUAGAAAUUAUAUUUUAAUAAUAAUUCCAACACCACAAUUUUAGUAUUACCAUCAAGUUGUAGAAAAGACAAGAAUCUAGUAAGAAAAUCAAUAUAGAAGUAUAAUGAUACCAAAGCUAGCCAUGUGACUACAAAGAAAAUUAUUUUAGACAUCUGUAUUAAGAGGACGUUACACCGAAAUGUGUUGUCUUCGUGUUACAAGUGCGUAACAUAGCAAAUUGUAUGCUCAGCAGAACACGUUUAGCUCCGUUAGUUUAACAAUAAGAGUGAAUUAACAAAAUUCAAAAAAUUCUAAAUUUUAAAGGUUAGGUUAUUAUCAAGAAAACCGCAUUUGUUUUUUAUUAUAUUUUAAUUUAAAAGCGAGUUAUGGGUAUUUUAAAAUUGUAAAUUGUUUGUAACGUGUUCUACUGACAUACAAUAUGCUAUGAUGCGCACUUGUAAGAUGGAGAUAACAAAUGUCGGUGUAACGUCCUCUUAAGAAAGAAAAUAAUUCAACCUGUAAUCACUGGAUGUUAAUGUCUAAUAUUCAGGAUCUUAUGGGUCAUGUACACUGCCAUGCAUCAAGCUCAUCACCCCAAAUUUUAUAUUCUCAAAAUCCAAGCACA